GAGAUGAGAGGAAAAUAUCAUAGCCACGUUGGCAGAUUGCACAACUAGAGGAAGAGAGAGAGGCCAGUUAAAGAUCUCAUCUCUCUCCUCUCAUCUCUCUCUAUCUCUCCCAAACUGCUUUGCUUAAAAAACACUCUCAAAACUCAUUUUACAGACAGUAAACCUAAGCCCAAAAACUCAAGAACAUAAACUCCAUCUCAUCCACAAAGAUUCUCAGCCUUAUAUUUCUUCACCUAGGAAUCCAGAUAUCAACUGUACACAUAUAUUUAUCCAGUCAUGGAAGUAUGCAACUAAGAGAUGCAAUAAAUAUAUUUUUCAAUUAAUAAUUGUGUGGUCAAGCUCAAGGUCUCUGACUCAAUAAGAGAUCUGGGUCAGCUCUUUCUUUGGCUGGGCCUUGAAAUGUUGAAUUACAAUCUUCUAAUACUUGAUUGGUAGCAGCGGUAACUGAAGCCGACUGAAGCUUGCAGCUUCCAACGUGUUGGUUUUACGAGCUUUCCCCUGAAAAAAGUAACAAUGGCUACCUCUUGUGAGAGGUGGAUUGAUGGUCUUCAGUUCUCCUCAGUGUUUUGGCCGCCUCCACAUGACAAACAUCAAAAGAAGGCUCAAAUCACUGCAUAUGUUGAUUACUUUGCUCAAUUCACAUCAGAACAGUUUCCUGACGAUAUAGCCGAGCUAAUACGGAACCGUUACCCUUCAAACGAAAAACGCCUCUUUGAUGAUGUCCUAGCAACAUUUGUCCUUCAUCAUCCAGAGCAUGGACACACUGUCAUUCUCCCUAUUAUUUCAUGUAUUAUUGAUAGCACAAUGGAAUAUGACAAGACUGCACCCCCUUUUUCGUCUUUCAUUUCGUUGGUCUGCCCUAGCAGUGUGGACGAGUACUCUGAGCAGUGGGCUUUGGCUUGUGGUGAAAUCCUGCGAAUAUUAACUCAUUAUAACCGGCCAAUUUACAAGGUUGAGCGCCAGCACAGUGAAGCAGAUAGAAGUAACAGUGGCAGUCAUGCUACGACAAGUAACUCUAUAGACGGGGAAUCAAUUCCACCACCUGUACAACAUGAAAAGAAACCACUCCGGCCCCUUUCCCCCUGGAUAACUGAUAUAUUGCUCGCUGCCCCACUUGCUAUUAGAAGUGACUACUUUCGUUGGUGUGGUGGUGUGAUGGGCAAAUAUGCUGCUGGAGAGCUUAAGCCACCAUCUAUAUCUUCUUCAUGUGGAUCUGGAAAGCACCCUCAGCUAAUGCCAUCAACUCCGAGAUGGGCUGUAGCUAAUGGCGCUGGUGUGAUAUUAAGUGUUUGUGAUGAAGAAGUGGCACGCUAUGAGACUGCUACUUUAACUGCAGCUGCCGUUCCUGCUCUCCUCCUCCCCCCUCCAACGACAUCUAUGGAUGAACAUCUUGUUGCAGGGCUGCCGGCUUUGGAGCCAUAUGCCCGGUUAUUUCAUAGAUACUAUGCUAUUGCUAGUCCAAGUGCCACCCAAAGACUUCUUCUUGGGCUUCUAGAAGCACCACCAUCAUGGGCUCCAGAUGCCCUGGAUGCAGCUGUGCAACUUGUUGAGCUCCUGAGAGCAGCCGAAGACUACGCGUCUGGAAUGAGGCUUCCAAGGAACUGGAUGCAUUUGCAUUUCUUGCGAGCAAUUGGGACUGCAAUGUCCACGAGAGCAGGUAUCGCGGCAGAUGCAGCAGCUGCUUUAUUGUUUCGUGUACUUUCACAACCUGCUUUGCUUUUUCCUGCGCCAAGACAAGUUGAAGGGAUUGAAGCUCACCCUGAACCAAUGGGUUCCAUUUCAUGGCAGAAAAAGCAGAGAGAACAGCCAUCUGCUGAAGCAACUAUAGAAGCUACUGCCCAAGGGAUUGCAUCACUGCUUUGUUCUCAUGGUCCUGAGGUUGAAUGGAGAAUAUGUACUAUAUGGGAAGCAGCUUAUGGCCUAAUUCCUUUAAGUUCAUCAGCUGUUGAUCUUCCAGAAAUUAUAGUCGCAACUCCAUUACAACCACCGAUCUUAUCUUGGAACCUCUAUAUUCCUCUACUUAAAGUAUUAGAGUAUCUUCCUCGUGGUAGUCCUUCCGAAGCAUGUCUCAUGAAGAUUUUUGUUGCAUCCGUAGAGGCAAUUCUCCAAAGAACAUUUCCACCCGAGCCCUCCAGAGAAGAAGAAAGGAAAACAAGAUAUUCUUUUGGGUCUGCCUCUAAAAAUCUUGCUGUCGCAGAGCUUCGCACAAUGGUCCACUCUCUAUUUGUAGAAUCUUGCGCCUCAGUAGAGCUUGCUUCUCGCCUACUUUUUGUUGUGUUAACUGUGUGUGUUAGUCAUGAAGCACAGCCCAACAGGGGCAAAAGGCCAAGAGGCGAAGACACUUACCCUUCUGAAGAAUUUACCGAGGAGAUGUUGGCAGUAAAUAGAACACAACGAGACCGAGGAACCCAGAAAUUAAAAAGACAAGGACCUGUUGCAGCAUUCGAUUCUUAUGUCCUUGCUGCUGUCUGUGCUCUUGCUUGUGAAAUCCAGCUCUUCCCUUUAAUCUCAAGGGUUGGUAAUAAGGCUGCUUCAAAUGGUAUAAAAGAUGUAGUCAAACCUGUGAAAGUCAACGAGCCUCGUAGCGACUUUCGCAAUAGCGUCGACUCUGCUGUUUGUCAUACUCGCAGGAUAUUGUCAAUUUUAGAAGCGCUCUUUGCUUUGAAGCCGUCUUCAGUUGGCACAUCUUGGAGUUACAGUUCAAACGAAAUUGUUGCAGCUGCUAUGGUUGCCGCUCAUAUUUCUGAACUAUUCAGACGGUCAAAGGCUUGUAUGCAAGCUCUCUCUGUGUUAAUGCGCUGCAAGUGGGAUAAUGAAAUACACUCCAGAGCAUCUUCUCUAUAUAAUCUUAUUGAUAUCCAUAGAAAAGCUGUAGCAUCUAUUGUUAACAAGGCACAGCCGCUUAAAGCACACUUAAUGCAUGCACCUAUUAGGAAGGAGUCUUCUUUAAUUGUCCCUGAACAAAUUCAAAAUGAAAUUUCAAGUUCUUCGUGCUCCGACUCUUCACGGGGUUUACAGUCUCAAGAUUCUGGAAAUUCAAGAUCUUUAUUUAAGUGUAGGAAAGUUUCCCAUCCAUGCGAUGAGACCAGAAGUAACUCGGGCAAAGAAGUCGCAAGUUUCCCAUUUAAUGCUUCAGAUUUGGCCAACUUUCUUACAAUGGACAGGCACAUAGGAUUUAAUUGCAGUGCAAAAGUCCUUUUAAGAUCUCUGCUGACAGAGAAACAAGAAUUAUGUUUCUCUGUCGUUUCUUUGCUAUGGUACAAAUUGAUUGCAGCACCAGAAACACAACCUACUGCAGAAAGUACUUCUGCCCAGCAAGGAUGGAGACAGGUAGUUGAUGCUCUCUGCAAUGUGGUAAAAGCAUCACCGACAAAAGCUGCAACAGCUGUUGUUCUUCAGGCAGAGAAAGAGUUGCAAACAUGGAUUGCUAAAGACGAUGACCACGGUCAAAAGAUGUGGAGGAUCAACCAGCGCAUUGUAAAACUGAUUGUAGAGCUAAUGAGAAAUCAUGAAACUCCUGAGUCCUUGAUAAUAUUAGCUAGUGCUUUGGACCUCCUUCGACGUGCUACAGACGGAAUGCUUGUUGAUGGAGAAGCAUGCACUUUGCCUCAGCUGGAGCUUCUAGAAGCAACAGCAAGAGCAAUCGAACCAGUACUUGAGUGGGGUGAAUCUGGGGCUGCAGUGGCUGAUGGGCUCUCAAACCUGUUAAAGUGUCGCCUUCCAGCUACAGUACGGUGUCUUUCUCACCCAAGUGCUCAUGUCCGUGCUCUCAGCAUAUCAGUUCUUCGAGCUAUUCUCCAUGCUGGUUCAAUACAUUCUGGUGGUAAACAAGUGGAGAUAAGUAGCAUCGUCCAUAACCCUGCUUAUCAGUACCUCAAUGUAGACAUUAUUGACUGGCAAGCUGAUAUCGAGAAGUGUCUAACAUGGGAAGCUCAUAGUCGACUUGCAACAGGGAUGCAUAUGCAAUUUCUCGAUACUGCUGCCAAGGAAUUAGGAUGUACAUUAUCCAUUUGAACUUCGAAACUAACUCUACGUGCAAAAGGCUCCCACAUCCUUGCAUUUUUGGCCCUUGUUACCCCUUCGAAGACUUGCAAUUGCCUGAAGGAUGUCUGAAUUUUAAAGGACAAAAUUGUGUCCCUCGUGAUGAUCAUGUAUAGUGGAUUAUUCAUGUUUAGAGAUGUAUUUGCAAGUACAUGCUUACCUUUCGCCCUUUGGGUUAGUUUUAAUAUGGAUUACUUUGACUCAGGAAAUGAUGUUGAAUAUAACUUGGUUCAGAGUUUUCUA